AUGAAUUGGGUGGCUGAUCCAUACUGGACGAACCGCGGCUGGAAGGAGAUCAGACAACUCGAAAAGGAGAUCGAGCAAGCAGAUACUACCAAACUCGCACCACCACUCAACGAGACGGAGCUCAUCCAGCAAUUAGUUCUACAAUUUUUACAACACGACGGUUACGUAGAGACAGCACGAGCCUUUGCCCGAGAAAUACAAUCCGAAAAGCAAUCUCUCUGUUUAGACCCCAAUGAGCAGGUACCCGGCAUUGACAUAAAAGAUGACGAGGAUGCAAAUAAUCGACAACGUAUCCGUCGAGCCAUCCUGGAAGGCGACAUCGACAAAGCACUGAAGCACACGAAGGCAUUUUACCCCCAGGUCCUCGAAGAGAACGAGCAGGUCCACUUCCACCUCCGAUGCCGCAAAUUCAUUGAGAUGAUCCGCAAUGAAGCCGAGAUGAACCUCGUAGGCGCAGGCGGCCCCAAGGGUAACCACGCCGCCGCCAUCGCGACGGGCAACAACGGCCACAGCCAGCCACCGGGCGCUGAGGAGAUGGAGCUCGACGAGGACCUGGACGACCUCGACGGCACGCACGACCAGCGGGAUCUCACGCAGGAUGCGCUGCUCUACGGGCAGACGCUGCAGGCUGAGUACCUGGGCGACGAGCGGCGGGAGGUGCACGUGGCGCUCAACGAGAUCUUUGGCCUGAUGGCAUACCCGAAUCCGCUGAAGGAGCCCAAGGUCGCGCACCUGCUGGACCGCAAGGGCCGGGUCGCGGUCGCGGAGGAGCUCAAUUCUGCCAUAUUACAAUCCCUCGGAAAGUCAUCCCGCGCGGCGCUGGAAAACAUGUACGCACAGACCUCGGUGCUACUAGACGACCUGGCUGAGACGGGCGGGCCCGGCGCGUUCGUCACGCUGCGGAGCGUCAUCGAAGAGACCGAGACGCCUGGGCAAUGGAUCUAG